AUGUUGUAUGGAAGAGAGUGCAGGUCUCCACUGCAUUGGGAUGAGUUGGGAGAGAACAAACUCCUAGGGCCAGAUGCAGUUCAUCACACCAACGAAGCUAUUCAGAAGAUCAGGGCUAGAAUGAUCACAGCGCAGAGCAGACAGAAAUCUUAUGCAGACCUGAAGCGGAGAGACAUUGAGUUCGAAGUGGGUGAUCAUGUGUUUCUUCGAGUGACACCACGAAAAGGACUCUCGGUGAAGAGAUUUGGCAAGAGAGGGAAACUAAGUCCCAGAUAUGUUGGUCCAUUUCAGAUAUUGGAUAGAGUGGGCAGUGUAGCUUAUAGAAUAGCUUUACCGCCAUCAUUAUCUGGGGUGCACAAUGUAUUUCAUGUAUCUCAACUCCGGAAAUAUGUGUCAGACCCAUCGCAUGUUUUGAGCUAUGAAACACUGGGUUUGCAGGAAGAUUUGUCCUACAAUGAACGUCCGGUAAAGAUUCUUGAUCAAAAGGAUAGGAUUUUGAGAAAUAAGACAAUUACCCUGGUGAAAGUCCUAUGGAGAAACAGUGUGGUUGAGGAAGCUACUUGGGAGCUUGAAUCUGAUAUGCGAGAACAAUAUCCAGAAUUAUUUGAGUAAAAUUUCGGGACGAAAUUUUCUUUUAGAGGGGGAUAAUUGUAAUAUCCGCUAACUCCGAAAGGGUAUUUUUGUAAUUUUAUUUAGCUGAGAGUAUUUUUUUUUUUAUGUUACAUAUUUAUGGAUUUAAAUAUGUAUGGGAUUAUUUUUAUGAUGAUAUAAUAUUUGAUUUUAUUGGCAUGUGUAUAAUGCCUAAUAGAUACAUAUGUCUGGAUAUUGUUAUAUGGGUAUAUUAUUAUUAUUAUUAUUAUUAUUAUUAU